AUGCCAGAACCUCCAAAUAAAAAAAAGACCCAGAAACGACAAUCGGGAGAUGACCUCACAGCUCAAGACCAACCCGCCAAAAAGAAGAAGGCUAAACCUUACGUCCCUGCAUUACGAUCCGGAGCAUACGCUCUAAUACUAGGCUUGUCAACGAUAGACGAGAACUCUUCGCAAGGAAUGUCAAAAGCGCAGUUAAUUGAAGUCGCUCAGGCGCAUUCUGAUACGUCAUUUACAGCUCCUAGUGAUCCCACCAAAUUCUACACGGCAUGGAACUCGAUGAAAACUCUUAUAACAAAGGAGCUUGUAUACGAACAGGGUCGGCCUCUGCGAAAGACUGCCUUUACCAAAUCAGUCGGCCUUCCAACAUCGAGUCGCACAUUUCAGACCAAUGACAAGGCUUUCACGUCGCUGGACGACGAUGGUAUCACGGUUCUCGACGAGAUCGGCCCAAUAUCUGCCACACGAAGCAAGGAAUCCCAAUUGUCGAAUUCGAAUCGUCCCUCAAGCCCCAUAAUCCUACCCCCAAACAGUUUCACGAUUGAACUUGUAUUAGAUUCUCGUGAAGUUCGUGCCAAGAAUGACCGAGACUAUAUCUCAAAAGAGCUAGAAACGAAAGGCAUCACAACACAAGUGCGGGCACUUGAACUCGGCGAUGCAAUGUGGGUUGCAAAAUGCAAAGACCCAGACUAUCUAUCGCGGUACGGCGAAGAAGGCGACGAGGUGAUGCUAGAUUGGAUCGUAGAGCGCAAACGACUCGACGAUUUGAUCGGGUCUAUAAAAGAUGGAAGAUUUCACGAACAGAAAUUUCGACUCCGCCGCAGCGGUAUUUCGAAUGUCGUCUACCUUAUCGAAGAAUUCAACGUCUCACAUCCAUCUGCUUCAGCAGCUGGGAAUGUACCAAACUACCAGGAUGCAGUAGCCUCUGCCAUUGCUUCUACACAGGUUGUCAACGGCUACUUUGUCAAAAAGACCAAGAAUCUUGACGACACCAUCAGAUACCUAGCACGAAUGACAUUUCUCCUGCGCAAAAUGUACGGUAGUGAGUCUCUUUUGGCAUCUUCUUUAGGGUCAAGUCAACCGAGUCGCAGCAGCGUCAAACCGAAAUCUGUAGCACUAAUCCCCAGCUCCAACCUAUCAUCUUCGGAAUCAUACCUCACAACCCUCCGCGAACUUCGUUGUGGCCGAUCCUCUGAAACUACAACGUACGGCGUGUCAUUCUCUACCUUUUCAGCAUUAACAUCCAAAUCCGACACACUAACCUUACGAGACGUAUUCCUCAAAAUGCUCAUGUGCACAAGGGGUAUCACAGGCGACAAAGCAUUAGAAAUACAACGACAUUGGCGCACGCCACGAGCGUUCAUGGAAGGGUUCGAGUCUGUGUCUUCUUCUGCGGCGACUCCGCAGGACGCUGCGAAAGCGAGGGAGAGGAUGCUUACGGAUAAGAUGGGGAAUCUGAUUGCGAAGAAGAAGAUUGCUGGAACUUUGAGUAGGAAGGUGGCUGAGAUAUGGGGCGAGAAAGAGUGA